UCAGGCAGCUGAGCGGAUGUGCGUCAUCGCGCUGCGCUUACCAGCGUCCUAAGAACGGGAAACACGUCAGUUAGGAACGCCGCCCUUAGCAGCGGCGGGGCCUUCGUUCUGGGGCAGGGCGGCGCGAGGCCCGGUCGCUACCCUGGGCCCGCGGCUCCGCCAUGAACAGCGUGGGGGAGGCGUGCACGGAGCUGAAGCGCGAGUAUGACCAGUGCUUCAACCGCUGGUUCGCCGAGAAGUUCCUCAAGGGGGAGAACGCGGGGGACCCCUGCGUGCAGCUCUUCAAGCGCUACCAGCUCUGCGUGCAGAAAGCUAUUAAGGAGAAAGACAUACCCAUUGAAGGGCUGGAAUUCAUGGGUCCCAGUAAAGGAAAAGCUGAAAAUGCCUCCUGACCUUGUUUGGGCAUAUUGUGCCAUUACAAUGACCUUUUGGACUUGGAAAAAGAACCUCACAAAGACUAGAAGAUUGCCUUGGAUUAGCUGCUGUUUCUGCCUGGCUUUUUAAGAAGCAAGAAGUCUUUUCUGCACUUUCUUUCAGCUAGGUUGUGUGGCAAUUACUGCUUCAUCUUAAAUGAAUGUUGUUGGUGGUCUGGCAUCAUGUGGUGUGUGAAAAGCCUUUUUAUCAAUCUAUGAUCAUCAGUGAAUGUACUCUCAACAGGGGAAUAUUUAUUGAAAUGGGUUUAGAUAUUAGCUGGUUUAUAAUCAGUUGCUUUAUUUAUAUUAUAAUAGCAUUUAAAAUUGUCUAAAAUUAAUGUGAAAGGGGUUAAUUUACUUUUAGGGGAGUGUGCUGCUGGAUUUUUAUUGGGAUAGAGUUGGUUUCAGUUUUCCUGAAAACUGAUGUGCUACAGCUUUGCUUCAUAUUGUGCAACUUUAGCAGUAGUACUUCUAUGACACCACUAGAGUUGCAAUUAUUUUUGUUUGAACACACAAGGUGUUAUUUUAAUAUAGAAUACACAUGUUAAGUAAAGUUAUGCUUGACUAAAUGAGACAACUGUCCAAUUAAACCUGCCUGUGCCCUUUAAGAUGGAAAGGGGACAGCCUGUCCCAGAAGUGAACAGGAGCAACUGCUUUCAGAAGGUACUUUCAACAGCCUCAGGCACUCUGUGCAGAGUUGAAAGGCACUGAUGCAACCUUGAAUUUAACUCUGUGCUACUGAAUGGCUGUUGCCCCAUCAAUAAAGCUUCAACAGCAAUUCAAUUACA